CGUACCCCUCACUACGUGUAAGCUGCCUGGGAGCAGGGGUCUUGACCACUCUGUAUACCUAGCCCCUGGAACUAUAACUGACACACGGUGGGUAUCAGUUAUUGUUCUAGGUGCUGGAGAUACCUGGACCAAUGACUGAUUCAUUAGUCGAAUGACUGAGGAUGACAGCCCCUGCUACCUUCAAGGAUCUCACAGUGAGAUGGGAGGAAACAGAGAAGUAAACAGACAAUAUGUGUGAUAAGUACUGUGGUAAAGCAAGCACAGAGGAGAGGUGGAAUACCUAACUUGGGUUUGGAGAAGGACCUAGAAGUUUACCCCAGGGAAAUAAAAAUCUAAGCUGAGACUUGAGGAAUCAGUAGGAAUUAGCAAAGUGAGUUGGGGAGGAAAUGCUCCAGGUGAUAGGAACAACUUAUACAGAAAUGCUGAGAUAUUAGAGAGCUUGAUGUUCUGUGAGAACUGAAAGUAGAAUGAGUCAGUGCUGCUUCCUCCACUGCCUCUAGAUGAGGGACCUGCUGGGCGCUGCAUGCUUGUGUCUGAUAGGCACUGCUUCCCUUCUCUCUGAUGCCUCCUUUCCACCUGCUCAGUUUUGUUUGGUGUUUUUCUUCUUCCAGUUGAAGGAAAAAUUAGCAUUCUUGAAAAGGGAAUACAGCAAGACACUGGCCCGCCUUCAGCGUGCCCAGAGAGCUGAGAAGUUUAAGAAUUCCAUUAAGAGAACAAUAGAAGGACAAGAUUCCUCGCUCCAGCAGGAAGUUUCAACGCAGCUAACCCACACAGAACCUAAAAAUAAAGUAUCUCCUUGUGACACGUUACAAAUCAACACCCACGUCGAUAAAGAAACUGGAGAAAAGACACCUAUCACACUUGACCUUGAGCCUGAGUCCUUUAGCCCUGGAGUCCCAGCAGAAGAAUCACGCAUACAAAGAUCAGAUGAUAUCCAAGAACAUUUUCCCUACAGCAUCAGUGGUCCUGAUGGUAAGAAAAGGCAGAGUAAGCUGUUAGGGAGAAGAAAGAAACAGGAGAGAACAUUUAUUUCACAGGAGAGAGAGUCUUUCUUUGACAUUGAUUCGCUCAUACUCUCUGGAAAAAGACUAAAGGAACAGGAAGAAAUCAAUAGAGAAAAUCCUAAAACAUCUGUAACUGAGAUAAGAACUUACCCUUCAAGUCCUAAGUCUGACAUUCCCGAUUCUCCAGCACCAGUUACAGGAACUAAUGUAGGGAGUGUAUUAAUUCUGCCAAACGCCAAACCGCAAAGAGAUGUUGAUGCACUCUUAAGAGGAAAUAAUUUCCCCAGGGUGACGACUUUUCCUUUGCAUGCUCCAUCAGUCAGCAGUAGUGGUCAGCACCUCGAGCAUAAGCCUCCUAAAAGUAACUGUAAACUUACUACUCACAGUUUAAAAAACAUUAGCCCUGCUUUGCCUGUAAACUUAGAGACACAAGACAAAAAAAUGACUGUCUUUACAGAUAACCCAGAGGUAAACGAAAGUAUAAGUGCAAGUGGCCAGCCGCCUAGAACUCCUAACUUGGAGGCAGAUAAUUCAUGUUCUAUAAAUGAACUCACCUAUGAUAACUUAGUGGCAAAUGAAAACCAAAACUUAAAAGAACAAAAUCACACAGAGAUGUCUUUUAAAUCUCCCAAUAAUGCUCUUGGUGGUAGAAAUGAAAGUCUUCUGGAAAAAGAAGUUCUAAGUCAGUCUAAGAGUCUUAGCCUAGAAGUAAUUUCUCCUGUUUCUACAGAAAAUCAAACACAUUCUUGCACAGUGCUUGAAGGCCUUCUAUUUCCUGCAGAAUAUUAUGUUAGAACAACACGACGAAUGUCAAAUUGCCAGAGGAAAGUAGCACUGGAGGCUGUAAUACAAAGUCAUUUGGGUGUCAGGAAGAAGGGGUUUAAAAAUAAAAAUAAGGAAUCUGCUAAAAAGUUAAAUGUUUCCAAUGAAGAAACUAACCAAAGUGAAAUUAAGAUGUCGGACACGUACGCAGAACAACCAAGUUCAAAAAGUCCUCAGAAACUUCUCUCGUUAACUGAAGUCAACUCUCCCGCUGGCCCCACUAAAGAUGACUUUUCUAGGAAGGCGGUUACCCAGCCAUCUGGUAGAAAACGCAAAGGAAGAAGAAAGUCAGUCUGCACCCCUCUGUUGGAUCACCAUGAACUACUUUUGCCAACUUCUGGCACAUCAAGUGUUAAUAGGUCCAAGGAAGAAGUUGCCUUGCACAAAGAUCAGAAUGAAAAAGCAAUUAUUCAUGAGAAGGAAGGUCACUGUCAAAAAGAGGACUCCCCUUCUUACAGUAAUUACGUAUAUUUAUCUUUGGAUGAUGAUGCUUUCAGUUCUCCAGUUCAUAAGAGUGAAAUGCUAAAUUUAAAGCGUCUGUCGCCUUUUCUCAAAAUCACAGACUUUCAGUUACCUGAUGAAGACUUUGGGCCUCUUAAGCUUGAAAAACUGAAGUCUUGCUCAGAAAAGCUGAUGGAGCCUCUUGGAUCAAAAAUAUGUGGAGAGGGACAUCCUAAAGGGGGAAAUUGCGUUGCUGUGGAGGAACUGACCCCUAAACAAAUCACUAUAGAAAAGAAGGAUGGGAAAGAGGAGCUGAUCAUCCUGCCAGGAAAGGCACAUCCUAAAAUGCCAAGCCAAAAAAGCCAGCCUCAGGAGAAGGGCCUUUCUUCAUCCAUUUUACUUUUCACUCCUGUAAAUAGUGUUGCAUCUGGUGAUAAUGACAGACCGACAGCAGACCUGUGUUCACCCGCUUUCCCCGUCUUAGGCUCUACUCCAGCUUUUGGCUCCCAAGCCCAUGGAGAAGAGGUGUCUGCAGAGGUUGUUGGACAAGCUUGCUCUACACCCCAGCUUUCUCGCUUAAAAGCCACCGUCAGCCUUGCUAGUGACCAUAAACAAUUUUGGAGCAGCCCACCAAAAUUAGAUAGCAGCCUGCAUGUGUCAGGAAGGGAAGGACAGCCUUCCCGUGACUGUGACUCUGGUCCCCAAGCAACACCUCUACCCAUCGAGUCAUCAACCUACAAAGAAAAUCAGCUCCGUGGAAACACGUGCCAGGAAUCACGGAAACAUUCCACUGAACAGACUGAAAUAGCAGACGUUCUGGCUUGUGAUAGCUUAAACCCAGGCACCCUACAAUUGGUUUCAAAGUUAAAGAAUCCUUCAGGUUCCUGUUCUGUGGAUGUGAGUGCCAUGUUGUGGGAAAUAGCUGGUUUCAAAGAGCAGUGUAUCAUAACUGCUUGUGAAUAUGUAGUCUCUCUUUGGAAACCUCUGGAUACUUGGCAGUGGGAAAAAAUUUAUUCCUGGCACUUUGCAGAGGUCCCAGUAUUACAGAUAGUUCUAGUGCCUGAUGUUUGUAAUCUUGUGUGUGUGGCUUUGGGAAAUUUGGAAAUCAGAGAAAUCAGGGCACUACUUUGUUCUCCUGAUGGUAAAAGUGAAAAGCAAGUGCUCCUGAGUUCUGGAAAUAUAAAAGCUGUGCUUGGCCUGACAAAGAGGAGGCUAGUCAGUAGCAGUGGGACCCUUUGUGAUCAACAAGUAGAAAUCAUGACGUUUGCAGAAGAUGGAGGAAGCAAAGAAAAACAGUUUUUGAUGCACCCUGAAGAGACUAUACUAACUUUUGCUGAGGUUCAAGGGAUGCAGGAAGCUCUGCUUGGUACCACUAUAAUGAACAACAUUGUUAUUUGGAAUUUAAAAACUGGUCAACUCCUGAAAAAGAUGCACAUUGGUGAUUCCUACCAAGCUUCAGUCUGUCACCAAGCUUAUUCUGAAAUGGGGCUCCUGUUUGUUGUUCUGAGUCACCCCUGUGCCAAAGAGAGCAAGUUGUUGGGAAGCCCUGUGUUUCAGCUGAUUGUGAUUAACCCAAAGACGACCCUGAGUGUGGGUGUGAUGCUCUACUGCCUCCCUCAAGGGCAGGCUGGAAGGUUCCUGGAAGGUGACGUGAAAGAUCAUUUUGCAGCAGCAGUAUUAACUUCUGGAACCAUUGCCAUUUGGGACUUACUCCUAGGUCAUUGCACUGCUCUCCUUCCACCUAUCUCUGACCAGAACUGGUCUUUUGUUAAAUGGUCAGGUGCAGAUUCUCAUUUGCUGGCUGGACAAAAAGAUGGAAAUAUAUUUGUAUACCGCUACUACUAAGUUAGGGUAAGGUUGAAACACCGUGUUCUGGAUAUUUUUGGCCUCUUGUACUUUUUGGAGUUGUUACUAUAAAGGAGACUAUUUGAAAGUCAUUUAAAAUAUUUACCUGUAUUUGUUCAGACAGACUUUUUACUCCGUUGGUAGGGGCCCUACUAAUCUUGAAUGUUCAUUUAUUCUUACUUGGGAGAAACGGAUUUUAAGUUGAUUUUUGUAAUUCCUCACAUUUGCACAUUUGCUUUUAAAGGUGUAUCUACAUAAAGCUUCAAAUGUUAAUAAAUAUUUAUUUUGAUA